UUUUUAAAAAAGAGAGAGCGCCAAGAGUUUUUCUUUUAAAUCAGAAAGAGACUUGCUAGCUGUUAAACGGCUGUAAGUUGCAAAGAAUAUCAUCUACAGUAUCUGCCGUUUUCAACUUCGUGUUGCAAAUAUGCGCUUUUCUCUCAUUUUCUUCCUGUUUCUGCUGGGUCUCCUCUUAACUGAGGAGAAAAAAGAGAGAAACGGACAGAAAAAAAAUAAAGGCGGAAAAAAGAAAGAUUCCAAAGGGAAACCUUCAUGUCCUAACCCAAUGAGUGUCGAAGACCUCGAGCAAGGACUGAAUGCUACCUGUCCUGGAGGAGUCCUUGCCUCUGUCAACAUCAUAGGUGUCAAUGAAACCUGUAGGGGCAUCACACAUGACCUCUUCGUACAGGAAAACCAAUGCUACUGGAAGACCUCUUGCUUAAUUAAAUACAACAAAGCUCGGAGUUUUAACUUCAUGCUAAAACUCAAGGAACUCAGUACAGAUGAGCUACUGAAGAACGGCCACUGCAUGACCAAAUCGCCGGGGACCUUCCAUGUGCACUUUAACUGCACUAAGAACAAAGUCGAAGUCUUUCCCAUUCUUCAUGAAAGCAACACAAGGGAGAUAAACGCUGACAGAGGUAUUCUCAUAAGCCACCCCGAUUAUCCUUGGAAUUACGAUCGCGCCGACCACAAUGUAACCCUUCGGAGACCCGCCAACGGAGGAAAGAAAUUUGUGUACACGUUUCGGGAUUUCCGUCUCUGGCACAAAGACGUGCUGACUGUGAGCUGGACAAAGGACAACAAAAUUUUGUUCGAGUCCUACAACGAAACCUUCAUGAGGGCUGAGCCCUCCCCGGAGGAAACCAGAAAACUCGACGAUGCUGAAACGGUGAACUUUGCCUUCAAUGCAGGGGUCAGUUAUGGAGCCAAAGGCUUCGUCAUCUGCUUCACCUGGUCAGACAUCAAGAACGCUUGUGAGCCUUUGUUUGAAAACGGAAUACCUACCUGCUCACAAAAGAAAGGUGGCAAGAAGGAAAGGACACCAAAACCUAAAAAGGGCAACAAAAUGGAGGCAAGAAGUCAUAGAAGAACAAUGAAAACUACUUUAAAGAACAAGGACAAGGACAAGAAAUAUUGUAAUAUUACUUACCUACUUAAAAGGCUAAUUUCAUCUCCAAUACUUCAAUCGUUCUUCUCAGAAUGUGUACAGUAUUCGCUUACCACGUCUAUUGAUGUGCUUACUACAUGCAACGAUAUGUGUAUUCUGUGUUCAGGUCCUAAGCUUUCACGUCUUUUGAAAGACACAUUUAAAACAGUUUAUUUAAUGGCAAUCUUUCUUCUUGUAUCAAGCUACCCUGCAUGCAUUUCUGCGUAAGAAUGUGCAUUUCUCGGUUUGUGACAGUAAUUCGUUACCAGGUGAUUAAUUUACCGUGACCUUGCUAUUAACUAAAUUACAAUUAAAUCAUUCUUACACCUGACUCAAGAGUGUGCGCAAGUAGUCACUGAAGAAAAACUUUAUAGUAUUAUCCUUUAAAGAAAAUAAAGCAGUUUAAUUUUUCUAGAUUUGUUAACACUUAUCUUUCCGCAUUUAGCAGAUCGAUUUUUAAAUAGUGGUAAAAUUGUUCCCCACACUUUGAGAUCUCUUCUUUUUUUACAUUUAUGUGAUUUAUUUUUUUUUUUUUUUUAUUUUGUUGGUUUUUGUUUGGUUGGUUGGUUGGU